AUGGUGACCGACUUCGACGAGAAGCACGACGAGCACUUGGUGCUGCUGCAGCAGAGGAACAGGAUCCUGAAGGCCCUGGAGAGGAAGGACCCUCUGCAGCUCCGGCUGAAGCAGCUGGAGCAGGGCUUCACUUUGUACGUGAACGGCGCCAACUCGGAGGCGAGCCGCGGCCGCAAAGUCAGCCCUCCGGCCCUGCUCGGGAGCGGCGGCGCGCGAACCGUCAGGGCGAACCCUGUGAGUACCAAAGACCUUUUAAAACAAGGAGAGCAGCAAGAGAGGAGCAUCCAAAGUGCACCUAGUAAAAUCCAACGCCGGGAGUGGCUCCAGAAAGCUGUGCAGAUCAAGACAGAAACUGGAUCUAGGCUCUAUAUUGCUCCUCCUUGCGAGUAUUCUGAGGAUUUUGAAUCUGAUGAAAGUUUAGAUCUGCAGACAACUGACUAUGAAGAGAAUGGUACUUCCCAGGAACUCCGACAAAGCUUGGAGUUUGCCAGGAGCCAAAAACAGGUGAAAGGGGAACAUUCUUCCGAGGAUUCUGACUCCAUCGAGGAGGAGGUUCCCAUUGAAGCCCCUGAGAAGAAAGAACCUGCGGCAUGUCUGGGAGGUGCUGCUGUGCCGGUUCUUGCCAAAGCAGCUCUCUCUCCUCUGUCUGGCACAGGCUCUGCUCUGGCCACUGGGCCUUUCGUGUUGGAAUUCAAGCCAAACUGCCCAGGCAUUAAGAAGGAGCAAAGUCUCUCUGCAAAAAGGAAGGGCACUGCUGAACCCUACAUUCCCGUCAAGUCCAUGAGUUCAGCGGCUGCAGGUCGUCGGUGCCUGGAAGAGCAGGAAGGAACCGCCUCCAGACCAAUAAGCCGAUCGGAAAGACCACUCUCAGCUGUUCGGAAAAAUGUGUGUGAGAAGAAGGAUCCAGCAAAUGCUGCUUCCAUUGUCCUCAAAGCUAUGCAAGCAGAAAAUGAGACACUACAAAAGGAGCUGCUCUGUAGGCAGCUGGAGGUCUCUACAGAGGACUAUGUGGGAUUGGAAAAGGAGGUCCGGGAUGCCAUCUAUAUCACUAUAGAGAUCCUCUCCAACUGGGGAGAUGUGUCCCGUGUGGGUCUGACAGAAGUGGAGUUCUUUGACUUGAAUUUUGAGAGAGUGUUUGUGUCACCUCACGAUGUGGACAUUCGGCAUGCAGAUCCACCUGGAGAGCUGAGCUACUUAGUUAACCAAAGCACAAAUGUCCCCAGAGAGCUUCUCCCCUGGUCAUGCCUCUUCCAGCCUCCAGUGCAGCUGUACUUCGUUGUCCGAAAUACCAGCCUCUCAGGAGACUUUGGACUAUCCAGAAUCAGGAUCUGGAAUUACAGCCCAGCCGUUCAUGGUGAUCUGAAUAUUGGAGCGAGAAAUAUCAUUGUAUACGUUGAUGGGUGUCUAAUCUUUGCUGGGGAGCUGCAGAAGGGCUGUUUGGCUCAUGAUUCUAAUGGCAACGGCUGCACCUCCAUUGAUCUCCCAACAAACCUUCCCCUUUCUCUAAAUGGAAAAGUAGACAAGAAUUGGUCUUCUGCAAAUCUGAGAGAGGAGCUUGACAAGCUGCUGCCGUUCAGUUGGGAGAAGCCUUCCAUAAAAGAAGACUGCCUUGAGGAAAAAGAGAGAACCAGUUAUCCUGACCAAUGGGAAAAGUCUCUCCAGCCCAACCCAAACAUCGGCAGCCUUGUCUCAUUGGAGGCCGCAAGUGGUCCAACCAAGCUGCUUCCCCCUGACCAAGACCUUAAAGACAGAGAGAAGGAAGAAUUCAGCCACCCCUUAUCUACGGAGGAAGCUGCACUUGUCAAAGAGGAGCCCUUCCCAGCCAAGGGCAGCACGAGGCCCUCAAGAGCCAAGUGGGGCACUUCUCAGGAGCACAUGCUGCAGGAAUCUUGGAAUUCGUUGUUGAAAUUCAAUCAUUCGCAUCGUGGUCGAAUAUCCAAUAUGGAUUUCCAAGGUGACAUUUUUGAUGAGUUUCUCCAUCAGCAGAAAAUUAGCCGGCAAGAAGCUCAGAAGCUCAGAAUAAAGGACCAGACACGGGGGCUGCUAGCACAGAAGAAGGACGACAACUGCUUAGACUUGGAGGAUGAGAGCGAAUUUAAAAUCCCCAUCUUACCUCAUGGUCAGCACUUAAAACUUGAUAUCAGGUCAACCUGGGGAGACAGGCACUAUGUUGGUCUGAAUGGACUUGAGCUGUUUAGCUCAAAAGGUGAGCCCAUCCAGAUUGUAAAAAUCACAGCCAGCCCACCCGAUAUCAACAUCUUGGCUGCGUAUGGCAAAGACCCCCGGAUUGUAACUAAUCUGCUGGAUGGAGUGAACCGGACACAGGAUGACAUGCACCUCUGGCUGGCUCCCUUCACUCCAGGAAAGUCCCACUGUGUUUGCCUGGACUUUGCAAAGUCAUGUGAAGUAGCCAUGAUUCGCAUCUGGAAUUACAACAAGUCUCGCAUCCAUUCUUUUCGGGGGGUGAAGGACCUCUCUAUUCUCCUGGAUGAAUGCUGCAUUUUCCAAGGAGAAAUUGCCAAGGCUUCAGGGACACUCGCUGGAGGUCCAGAGCAAUUUGGAGACACCAUCCUGUUCACAACAGAUGAGGACAUUCUGGAGGCCAUUUACUGUUACGAUGAGUCCUGCGAGGAGGAAAUUGAAAGUAGGAACAGCUUGGGCUAUGAGGAGGAGCUGAAGAGGCCGAGAACAGCUGAUGGAGAAGGAGAUGAGAGGCCCUUCACUCAGGCGGGUUCCAGGACAGAAAACAAGCCGAGUCAGGAGCAAAUUGCAGGGUCAGAUUCCCUCUCCGAGGUCGUGACAAGCAAAGAACCUGGAGUCUAUUCUGGAAAAUGCCUGCUGCUGAAUUUUACUGCUUCUUGGGGAGAUUCACAUUACCUUGGACUGACAGGGCUUGAAGUGGUUGGAAAGGAUGGCCAAGCAAUCCCAUUCUCUGUGGAUCAGCUCUCUGCUUCCCCUCAGGAUCUCAAUGAUCUUGUGGAGUAUGUGGAUGAUUCAAGGACCUUAGAUAAAUUGAUUGAUGGAAAAAACAUCACUAUGGAAGAUACCCACAUGUGGCUCAUUCCCUUUUGCCCUGGAGAAGAUCACCUGGUAACCAUCCAUUUCACCCAAGUAGAAAACAUCGCAGGGCUUCGCAUCUGGAACUAUAACAAAUCUCCUGAGGACACCUUUCGAGGGGCAAAGAUGGUCCAUGUGUGGUUGGAUGGCUGCUGCAUCUCCCCCCCUGGGGGCUUUCUUAUUCGAAAAGGACCAGGCAACUGCCACUUUGACUUUGCUCAAGAUAUCCUCUUCAUCAACUACCUUGUGGGCCCCACAGUUGCUCCUGCACAUGAGCGGAGCGAAGUGAAGAAGAGGGAGCAAGGCAGCAUGGAGUACGAAGCACCACUAAUGCCAUGUGGGUUCAUCUUCCAGCUCCAGCUACUCACAAGUUGGGGAGAUCCAUAUUACAUCGGUUUGAACGGGCUGGACCUGUAUAAUGAACACGGGGAGAAGAUUCUUUUAAAUCAGAACAACAUUGCAGCUUUUCCAGACAGCGUCAAUAUCCUGGAGGGAGUAUAUGGAGAUAUUCGAACACCAGACAAACUCAUUGAUGGUGUAAAUCACAGCAGUGAUGGAAGGCACAUGUGGCUCACACCAAUUCUGCCAGGGCUGGUGAAUCGAGUUUACAUUAUCUUUGACUUGCCAACUACCAUUUCCAUGAUCAAGCUAUGGAAUUAUGCAAAAACUCCCCAGAGAGGAGUCAAGGAAUUUGGACUCCUUGUGGAUGAUUUGCUGGUAUACAACGGCAUUCUCGAUAUGGUGAGCCAUCUGGUCCCUGGCAUUCUUCCUACUUGUGACCCUGUCGUUCCCCAUCACACUUUCCUCUUUACAGAGGACGAGAAGAUCUGCUGGCAGGAGAGGAGCACCAUGGUUAGCAACCAGAUAGAGGACCAGGAUGUACGACUGACGAAUGAGAGCCAGCUUAUAUCCUCUUCCAGAAAGAAGCAAAAGGGAGCUGCUGAUCCAGCUCUUCGUCCUAAAACCUGCAUUCAGGAUAAAGGACCAUUGCGGAGAACAAGACAGUGAGCAAAGAACAGGGUGGCCAACCUCCUAUGGCCCAUUUAUUGCCCAGGAAGAGGCGGCAGCCUGCACCACUGGCACCCAGUUCCCGACUGGAAUCAUGAGAGGGAACUCUGGGUGGGACUGAGCUGGCUGUUAGUGCUG